AUGAGAUUCCUCCUCCCAACUACCGUCACAGCCCUCAUCUCCCCUCUCCUCGCCCAAACAAUUACCCCAGCUCCAACUCCCACCUCGACGGCAGCUUGGUACGAAACCGGUCCCCCCUGGGCCUCAGACGACCCAGCGAAAUGGUCCUCGAUAUACAGUUCCCUCCUCUCCGACGGCAAAAUCCCUUCAACCCUGACCGCCGCACCCUGGCCAACUGGUAGUUGGGGCCCCGGCCAAGGUCCCUGGGGCGGACCUGGUUUCGGUCCUGGCCAUGGUCCUGGCGGUGGUCCUGGAGGGCGCUGGGGUGGUCCCGAUGGUGUAGGUCCCUGGGGCAGUUCCAACUACGGUCCCUACAGCGACUGGGCCACGCGCUCGGACUGGCGCUCCGGGCCCUGGACCGCGUGGUGGGGCGGCAGCAAGUGUCCGCCGUCCGAGUGGCCUGGCUGGACGGCGGGCCCGUGGAGUACGUCUGCGCCGUGGACGAGUUGGGAAGGGUGCACAGCGAGUACGACUGCGACGAGUGUGGUUACGACGACGGUGAGCGGCGUUGUGGCUACGUCGACCGCGUACGGGUUGCAGGUUGCGGCGGCGAGUGCGGAGCCUCAGGAGCAGCAGGGUGGUGCUGGGGGUAAGGUACAGGUGGGUGUUGGGGCCGUGGUUGGGGUUGCGGGUUUGGUGGGAGUGGUGGUGGGGUUGUAA